CUGGGAUUAUCUUUAGUCAGUGACACCGCUGAAACUUUCACGCAUAAAUAUAGAUUGAUCAUGAGCAAGAUUUUAAAUCGUCUUUGGCCAGCAAGGAUCGAGCAUUUAACAGAGAAGAAGCAAGAUGAAGUUGAUUGUCGUACUUUUGUCAGCUUUGGUGGUAGCCACAAGUGCUAAAAAUGCAACAUUCUACACGGUGGAAGAGGCAAUUAGAGACCAUUACAUAGUUGUACUGAAGCCCGGAUAUGACGUGGAAAUGAUGAGGAAACUUCUUCUGACUGACCUCUCGGGAAGUUUCGGCGAUGUUUCUAUCCGGCACACCUACACUGCUGCCAUCAAUGGGUUUUCAGCUAAACUCACCAACAAAGCUCUCCAAAAGCUUCUGGCCCGUGAUGAAAUCGAAUACAUAACUGAAGAUGGUGCAAUCCACCCUGCGGCUGUUGCGUCGUGGGGUCUGGAUCGAAUAGAUCAGCGGUCAUUGCCUCUCGAUGGAGCUUACAAGGGCAAAGGCUGUGGAUCAGGUGUUAAUGUAUAUGUCGUCGAUACAGGAAUCUACCCAGACCAUUUGUACUUUGAAGGACGAGCCUCCCCUGUGUUUGAUGACGUCAACGACGGUAGACCUUUUGGGAUAGACUGUAAUGGACACGGCACACACUGCGCAGGAACAAUAGGAGCCAGCAUGUACGGAGCAGCAACAAAUGUAAAUAUACAUGGGUUGAGGAUACUCGAUUGCAGCGGCUCUGGUCAAUGGAGUUCUCUUAUAGCAGCCUGCGAUUACAUUGUGAAUUCUGGAGUGAAGCCAGCGGUCGCCUCGAUGUCCAUUGGAGGUCCUACUAACACGGCAGCCGACGAGGCCGUUCAAAGAGUUAUUCAGUCUGGUAUACCCGUUGUUGUAGCAGCUCUUAAUAACAACAGUCCUACCAGUGCCUGCCAAACUUCCCCUGCACGUGUACAGGAGGCUAUUACCGUUGGUGCAACAGAUAUCAAUGACAGAAGGGCUGAUUACUCCAACUACGGAACUUGCGUGGAUUUAUUUGCUCCUGGUGACGAUAUAAAAAGCCUAUGGAUUGGAGGGCCGGACGACACGCGGACCACCAGUGGUACAUCUAUGUCUACCGUUCACGUGACAGGCGCUGUAGCACUACUGCUAGAUAAGAAUCCCGACCUUUCACCUAUUGAUAUCAAGGCGUCCCUGAUCGACUCAUCAACCAAGAAUGCUAUUAGUGAUCUGCCAGACACCGAAAACCGUCUGUUGUACGUACCCCGGGAUUAAGUUUUUGAAGAUAUAAGUUUCAGUCGCCUGUUUCUCAUUGAGCGGCGAUGAUUUCUAACCGUGAUCGCGGAGCCCUAUAAGAAACCGUUGAACCAACCUUGUGCAUACAAAUAUCUCUCGUCAUUCAUAGAUAUUAUAAUUUUGUUCAUUUAUGAUGUCACGAAAGCUGUAUUAUUUUUACUUGUGAAAUGCAUUUUAUGCAAGAUUACACUGUAUUCAAUGUCUUCUUUUGUUUCCUUUUUGUCUUAUUUCCAAUCAUUUCAUAACAUCCGUGUAGUUUCCGUACAUUCAUUCUCGAUGGAAAUAAAAAUGCAGUACCAAGAAUAGGAGGAUAUCCGACACGGAGGGGGGGGGGCCAACCCUAGUCCACUAACCCACCUUUCUGAGGCGGUCAACUAUGCGCACAUGUUUGCUCCGGAUUAUGACAAAUACCCUGGCUCUUUAAUGAUCACAUAUUUUUACCCGCUUUCAACGUCUUUGUGUAGAAGCGAAAGAAGAAGGGGGGGGGCAGAAUAAAAAAAAGAAACAACAAGAAGAUGAUGAAGAUAAAAGAGAUGAAAAAGAAGGAGAUGAUGAAGAAGAAAAAGAUGGAGAUGAUGUUGGAGUAGUAAAAAAACAUAUACUUGGUCAGUCAUUAUAUGUUCAGUACACUUGCCUAAACAAGAAGUAUUAAUUGCUGUAAAUGUAACAUAUUUUUCAUUUUCCCCGAUGAAAAAACACACCCAAAAUUUCUUUAACAAAAGGGUUGUGAAAUCUAUGAAAGUAAAUAAAUUCUUUAUCCUAUUUUUUUGUAAUAUAAUCAGAUAUAUUAUUUUAUAUUGGUUAUGGACUGCGGAUAUGGAUAAUGGCUUCUUGAAAUGCUCCUGAAUAACUGCCUGAAUACUACACGAAUUGAGGCAUUACUGCAGAAAGUCGCAUGCAAAGCACGGGCAUUUUUAAUUUCGUUUGUCACAGUUUCAAUAUGAGAGCACUGGAAGAUCAUUUUUCUUGGCAUUCUAAUCCUGGGCCCGCGUUUUAUAAAGAAAUGAUUGAUAACAAAUGAACAAUUUCUAUGAUAUAUACUAUCAGCCAAUCAGAUUGAACGAUUUUAGUGGCUUUAAAAAGAUUUGUUAUCAUAACAAGUUUUAUGAAACGCGGUCCCUGAAUGUCAUGCAGAGAAUGUAAAAACUAACAUUUUUUUCUUUAAUAAAUCUUUCUUUUAUUUUGAAAAAAAAUAAACAUUGCAACUAA